AUGGGUGUUGCGAGUGGAGGUUAAAGAACCCAUGUUUUGUUGUUGUUGUUCAUGAUGUUGUUAUAUUAUGCGCGCUGCCGUUUGUAAAUAUUAGAAACAAAAGAGAUUAAAUGACAAGCAAUAAUGUGAGAACGAAGGUUUUAUUUUACAAGCCUAUGAAGUGAUAAUAUGCCGUCUAAAUCCAUUCCGUUAACAAGUAGUAACGACAUAGGAUCGCAAAUUCGACAUAGUGUGACAUCCCGCGUCUUUACCGCCUGUGAUGUGCUACCUUGUUCUGCUGCGAGUUCUUCUAGGAAGGAAAGCAGUUUUGAUCCCCUGAAAAACUCUUUAGCGAAAAUGGACCAGUCCUUCCAAUAUGUUAACAAGGUGCUUCAUAAUGUCAGUGACAAUUCAAGAAGUCAGAGUCUGCCUGACUGUUUAGACACCGUAAAGAAACCUUCGUUUCUAACCCAGGACCACAAUCAUGUGAGCAGCGAAGUGCUCUCAUCUGAAAAUGCUAAUGUUGCUGCGAGUACAUUAAAGCCAGAUAUCCUAAAAUCGAAUGAAGCUUGGUUCAAGACUUGGCCAGAGAGAGGAACUGAAAAGAUUGGUGUCAGCACUACUACCGAGUCUCUCUCGCAGCCAGAGCAGCAAAACGAAAUCCUGCACACUGACGUGCCCAGUUCGAACAUCUCAACAGGUGAAGGAUCUGCAGUAGUUCGUAAGGAUAGAAACUGCCAGCACAGCGCUGUAACAACGUCCAGUGUCUUAUGUCUGGUACCUAAUGGCUGCAUUGAUAGUGUAGACAAUAUGCAUGAGAAUGUAAGCUGUCGAACAGUCCCUGUAACAAACGCAUAUUCCACUUUUUGUAGUGCAAACAGUUGUGAGAUUUCAGACGCAUGUGCAUCAACAGCAUCUGUUCCAUUAACACAAAUGUUGCAGUCUAUACCACUGGCAUAUAGUCCAGUAACUAGACAGUUGCAUAUAAUAUGUACAGGUGAAAGUCAAAAGAAAGAAAAUUAUGUUCACACUUCGCCCGUGAAACAGUGUUGUCAUUCAGAUUGUGAAGCUAACAUCUGCCGUCCAAAAACAGUGGCAGGAGGGUGUAAUUGUGAAACAAAAAUAAAAAAUGAACUUAAUGUGGAUCGUGAGGACACAGUAAGCUUUGAAUCACCAUGUAGUACUCUUCAACGGUUGGGAACGUACGAAAAUUGCCAGUCACAUACAGAUGCUAGUUCUUUUUCUAGUAUAGUUUCCAGUUUAAGUGACGCUUCGCCUUCUAUGAAUGAAGACAACAGUGCAGUGGACGAGGAAUCAAGAAUUCAUAGUGGAGCAGAUCACGAGAGUCUCAGUUCAAGUGAAUUAAGUGCGUGUGAAGAAACUGGCCCAGCAAAAUUCAAACGAAAGGGGAUUUCCAGCUUUUUUAGCAGGGGAGUUUUCUCCUGGCGACGAGACAGUGGUGGACAGGGUUGCAGUCACCCCGCGUGGCGCCUCUGGGGCUCUCGCACCUGUACCUCUGCCAGUGUUCCAGCAUCUGCAGUGGCUGCAUCAGCUGACGAAUCUCAGGGAGAUACGAAGCAGUUUACAGAUGUAAUUGCGAGCAGCUCAGCGUUGAUUCUGCAUAGGAGGCCAUCUAACUUGCCUGCAAAAUGUCCAGACGAAGAACAGAAACACAGGCAUGAGUACCAACGAAUGGUGGAAGCAGCAAGGAAGAAAGAGCUUAAAGAGGCGAAACUUCGUAAGAAGCAGCUUGCCCAGCAGCUGCGGCAGGAGGAACAGCUUGCACAUGCAGCCCGCACUUGGAGUUCAGAGAUUCUGCCAAAAUGGGAUCAUAUGAAAAAUUCAAGGAAGGCCAAAGAUCUGUGGUGGCAGGGGUUGCCUCCAUCUGUACGUGGUCGUGUAUGGCAGCUUGCAAUUGGAAACGAUCUAAACAUCACUCCAGAACUGUAUGAUAUAUGUGUUUCAAGGGCUCAGGAGAGACUCCGCGUAGUUUCUGAGGAAUUGCAGCAAGAAAAUCAGCAACAAGAUGUAAUAGAUGGAACAGAUAGUCCAGACAAGGAAUCUAGUGUUGAGCUUAUUCAACUGGACAUAUCACGCACAUUUCCAAACUUGUGUAUUUUCCAGAAAGGUGGUCCAUAUUAUGAUAUUUUGCAUAGUCUUCUUGGGGCCUAUGUUUGUUACCGUCCAGAUGUGGGAUAUGUCCAGGGAAUGUCUUUCAUAGCAGCCGUCCUGAUAUUAAAUAUGGAACCAGCCGAAGCAUUUAUCUGCUUUGCUAAUCUUCUCAAUCAGCCAUGUCACAUGGCUUUCUUCAGGCUUAAUCAAACUGUGAUGAAUGCAUAUUAUGCAGCAUAUGACUGUGUGUUCCAUGAGAACCUGCCAAGGCUGCAUGCACAUUUCUCAUCGGCUAAUUUAACAGCUGAUCUCUACCUCCUUGACUGGUUAUAUACUGUCUUUGCAAAAGCUAUGCCACUUGAUGUAGCGUGUCGUGUAUGGGAUGUCUUUCUGCGGGAUGGAGAAGAGUUUCUUUUCAAGACUGCACUAGGUGUUCUUCAUCUACAUCAAGAAACAUUAUUACAAUUGGAUUUUCUCCAUGGAGCUCAAUUUCUCACAAGAUUACCAGAGGACAUGUCAGCUGAUAGGUUAUUUCGAUCAAUAGAAUCAAUCCGCAUGUCUGUUGGGAAACUACGUUUCUCGGAGGUGCUUGCCUCCCAUAUAGAACCUAGCUGAGAUACACCAAGAUGGGCAUAUCAAAAAGUCAAAGUGGCAACCGUGGAAAUAAUGUUAUGACUGACAAGUUUCUUCAAGCAUUGGAAGUUUGUGAAACCUGUGUUCUGACCCACAGUUAGAUCUGGAUGCUAGUGGUAAUAAUAUGCCGCCUCUUUUAUAUAAUAUAUAUAUAUGUAUAAAUUGUAUUUUCACUCCAGAAACCUGCCCCUUCCAAGUGCUCCGUAUUCUGUUACCUUGUUUUUCACUUCUGCCCAUCCCGUGUGUGUUUCAUUUUUUCUCUGAAAACCAGGUAAAACAGAAGACAGUUCAUAUGUGAACUUCUGUAUGUGUACUUCUUGUAUCUUCUAUGCAUUUGUAUGAGUGGUGCUUGAUAUUUUUUGGUCUGUGCAGUGAUAGUUUGCUGACAGAUCUUAUGAAAUUUGUAGAUCAUACAUUGUUUGUUUCAAUUUUUACCACCUUGAUGUACAAAACUAGGUCUGUUAUACUUAAUUCAUUAAAAUUUGGGACAACUUGAGCGGUGAUACUUGCAAAUAACUUCAUUUGCCAUCCAUUAAGAAAUAAAUGGGAAAUUAUUAUUAAACCCAAGUGUGUUUAUUUGGGAGAAGAAUAAUGUUUUAAAUAGUUGUAGAACCACAACAGUGUGUAAAAUAUGUUUAUAUUAUUACAAGAUGUCUUUACUGUUAUUAACCCAAAGAGAAAAAUAUCUUCAGGGGGCUGUUGCAUUUUAUUGAAUAUAGACCAAUGACAACUUUUGUUGAAUAACUGAAUUGUGUUAAUAACAGGUGGUCUUAAAGUUGUUAGUCCUCAUAGUCGUAUAUGAAGUCAUCUGGGAAAACAAUAGUGAUGGGCUUCUUUAUGUUAGUGUUUUACAGUGCAAAAGGCAUCACUUACAUGUAUUGAUUUGCAAUGUGGGAUAUAAAGACCACUACAUUAUCUAAUACAUGUCUUGCAAUAUGAGACCAGCAUGUUGCAGUUUUGCCCCCUUCCCUCUUUCCUACUCCAGUCAUUUACUUCCACUACUAUAGUGAGGCAAGACAAAUCUAUAGGUCGUAUUUAUCUCAUGUUUUUUUAUGAAAAAAGGCUGUAGAGAAUUUUAUUGUAUUUAAUGUCUGAGACAACGAAUUAAGUGUAAUUAAAUUAUAUAAGAAUGUGACACUCCUGUGCAAGAUGUGCUGUAAUCUACUUCAUUUAUAUGUGGUGAUUUCAGAAUCAUCACAGAUUUUGUGUGUGUAAAAUCUUUUGUAUAUCUUAUGAUAUUGUACAAAGAAUUUAUUUUGUAUUAUAUUUGAACAUAAACAGCCACUUUGAUUUCCUGUGUGUGUGUGUGUGUGUGUGUGUGUGUGUGUGUGUGUGUGUAAAGCAUGUACAGUAUUUAUAUGAAAUUUUUGUCAAUAUAUGAGAUUUAUUUUGUUGUACAGUAAUAAGGGCAUUUGAAAUUUUUUGCUGUAGUUAAAAUUGAGGGCUCAGAGUGAUAAAAAACUAUUAAGUAUUUAUAUAUGUUUCUUUAUGAGAUAUGUUGUAUAAAAUGCAGAACAUUUAUGGUCUUGUGAAAGGAUGUCUUUGUUCCACAAAUCUGUCAAGAAUCUCUUAUUUUUAUUUGCCAUAUUGGUGAAUUAUUUCAUCCAACAUAAAAGCUUAUUUAUAUAUUUUAUUAGUCAGUUGAAAAUGUUGUUUUUCUCUGUAUGAAGCAGAGUGCUUCCAACAUGAGAAGCAGUGUUAAUAUAUUGUGUCAAUUGCUAAUGUUAACUGACUGUGAAUCUCUUUCUGAAGGUUGUGAAAUUUGACUCCAAAGUUGAAUUUGAAAUGUUAUCAAAUGUUUCAUAUGAUCUUUUGAUGCAUGAGUUCCAUAAAUAAAUGAAAUAUUGUCUACUGGCCUGUUGGAUUUAGGUAGUGAAAACAACACUUGAGUUUAAACUGUAUACAUUUAAAGUCACAUUUUGUGGCUGUUUUCUUUAUCCUGAUGCAUAAUGUAUUCAAUUUAUAUACUGAGUUUGAGAAGUCAGGAAACAAUCUGCAAUGUAAAAGCCAACAUCAUACAGUGCUUUGGUUUUCAAGCUUGCAACUCAGGAAUGUAUGCCAUUAUGUGCGUGGCACCAUAAAAUGGGGCCGGAAAAAAAUUGUUCAGUUAAAAAAUUGUAUUAAACUUAAAAUGGUGCCCUGAAUGAAAUAUGUACAGAAUCUUUGAUCUUUUAUUUUCAUUGAUAUAUAAGCAACAGAGAAUGGUCAACAGAUAGCAAAUGCCUUGGGCAAAAAUGCUCAUAGGUCAGCUGUUCCAAAAGUAAUUUUACGUCUGUCAGUUUCAAGUGUAAUGUCUUCAGUUCUGUAGCGUUGCACUUGGUGAAAACCUGGUAUGACCCAAUAAAUUCUAGGCAUUUAUUAGUGACUUCUUGUUGAUUUUUAGGGAAAUGCAUGUCAGGUGUAUUUGAAAGCAAACUGUUACAAAAUUUGAAUAAAAAUAAUUUCACAUGCUACCUGUGUGUUGUCCUGUUCAGUGAACUAAUUAUAAUUAUUUAUUUAUGCUAUCUUACAUUAAAAUUUUUGGCAUAACUUUUUAUUUUUAUUUAGAGUAUGACCAAAUCAGAGAAAAAUGAUUGUCAUGCUGAAAAGUCUGAAGUCAUUACACUCGUUACAUAUAUCAUGUUGUCAUUUAAUUGUAGCUAUACUGAUACAAUACUAAUAACCGGCAAAAUGUAAUUUAUUUGUACAUUUCUUGCUUGUACUCUACUGUACUAUGUUACCUAACUAAAUAUUACAGUGCCUUAACUAUGUAUGAAUGCUUCUUUAAAUCAUGUGUGUACUACAAAAAUGGCAUCAUUGUUAGCAGAAUUUAUUUUAUUAUUUUUGGCUGCAAAAAAUAGUGUGUGUGUGUGUGUGUGUGUGUGUGUGUGUGUGUGUGUGUGUGUGUGUGUGUGUGUGUGUGUGUGAGAGAGAGAGAGAGAGAGAGAGAGAGAGAGAGAGAGAGAGAGAGACUUGAACUAAAAAAAAAAGUAAUUUUGUCGUGGCUAUUGCUAUUUCCUUGACAGGUUAUGAAGAGGGCAUAACUUAUUGUGAACUACAAAACUAAGUGCACCUUAAGUAGAACAUGAAGUUAAACAUUUACAUAGAAAUUUGGAUGAGCUCUUUGACAGGGUAGCAGUGCGGUUAAGACAUAUUUUCUUGCAGGAUUCUGAUGAACUGAUAGAUAAACCUGAUUGACACGAUCAACCAGAGAUUGUUUUAAAGAGUUAUUCAUACUGGACAUGCUAUGAAAAGAUAAAGAUAAGGAGGUGAAUGUAGUGUGGACAAUGUCUUUCAUAAUAUUUUGAUUUCUUUCAUAGCUUUCUGCUGCCCAAAACUGAGUCAUGUUGUGUGGCCUUAAUCUUUAUUCAUCACUCUCAUAUUCUCUUGCAUUAAAGAAUAAUUUUCAAACAAGUGAGUCACUUUGCAACUGCCUCAAGGAGGAGGAGUAGUAGAAGAUGAAGACUAUUCAGUUUGUCCCAUACUUACACAUGAAUACACUUGGAGGUUGCUUCUGUCUUGGACAAAACAGUUUUAUUUUCACUGAAAUUUACUACUUUCACAUUGUCAUUGCAUAGUAACAUAUUGUGGAAGGCUCAUUCGUGUUGAAGUUUGCUACUGUCAUUGCAGCAUACCAUGUAUUGUACUUAGUCCCUGUAAUAUGUUGGAUGCAUAUGUAGAAAGAGGUUGUAACAUCUCAUAUGUACUGAAAAAAUUAAUUUCAUAGUAACUUUUUGAAACUAAAUAUGGUGUGAAAUCUAGCACUGCGAAACCUAUCAGUGACAAGGAUUUUGUGUAACCGGGCACCAGUGAAAUGAAGAACCCCUUAAAGUGAAUCCUCAUUGUUGCCUAGGUUACAUUCCGUAUGGUUAAGUGCUCAUAUGCCAAAAGACAAUGCUCUGUAAAACCAAAAGUAAAACGUUAUUGCUGGGCGAUUAACAAAAUUAGCGUUCUGAGGACCAACAUGAUACUCUUGAAUGGUAUGAUAGUCAAACUUCAUACAUCUCCUAAUAUUUGAAAAGGUUAAGCUUCAAUGUUUGGUCAGUAUAAGUAUCAUUAGAGAGAGAUGAAUAUUAGACAUGUUGCUCUGAAAAUUGUACACACAUUUACCUUCAUGGGGAUGUUGUUGAUUGUUGCUGACAUGUGUGAAUUGUAUUUAAGUGUUUUAAAAAAGUGUUUUAAAAAAGA